AUGCCGCCAUUGUUGAUGGAAGGAGCCUUUUACGGAGCGCACACUUCUGCACGGGCGAGGAGGCACUCCUUUCAUGCGAGCGGCGGGAACAGAGCAGGGAGAGGACGGGAGAGUUUGAGAACCUUCGAGAACCUCCACGUCCUCAAAGGUUCCACCGCAGCGUUGCGGCGGCACGCGACGUCGCGUGUUACGGAUCCUUCGGAACAAUUGGUCCUUGAGGCCCCUGUAGAAAAACCGACACUUGAAUCCGACUUCAACGCCAAAUACCUGCUCAAGGAGGCCGGCCAGGUCUAUUUGCUGGGGAUCGUGGACUUUGGACUUCGGCACUCUCGACUGGAGUUUGCUGAAGACUUCUUCCUGAGCCAAUCAAUCAAGGCCCAGCUGGGACGAGAGAAGAAAAAGGAGGAGGAAGAGACGAAUGAGAAUAAGAAGAAGAUAAAGAAGACAAGGGCCGAGAAGAAGAAGAAGAAGAAGGAAAAAAGGAAACAAGAAGAAGAAGAAGUAAGAAGAAGAAGAAGAAAAAAGGAGAAGAAGAAGAGGAUGAAGAAGAAGAGGAUGAAGAAGAAAAAGGAGGAGGAAGAGACGAAUGAGAAUAAGAAGAAGAUAAAGAAGACAAGGGACGAGAAGAAGAAGAAGAAGGAAAAAAGGAAACAAGAAGAAGAAGAAGUAAGAAGAAGAAGAAGAAAAAAGGAGAAGGAGAAGAGGAUGAAGAAGAAGAGGAUGAAGAAGAAGAGGAUGAAGAAGAAGAAGAAAAACAAAACACAAAAGAAGAAGAAGAAGAAGGAAAAAGAAGAAGAAAGAGAGUAGAAGGACAAGAAAAAGGAGAAGGAGAAAAAGAAGAGGAAAAAGAAGAAGAAGAAGAAAAAGAAGAAGAAGAAGAAGAAGAAAAAGAAGAAGAAAGCGAAAGAGAAAGAGGAAGUGCAAGAGAAAGAGAACGAUAAGAGAGAAAGACAAGAGAAAGGGAAAGACAAAUAG